AUGGAGGACCCUCCAAUCUACUAUGACAAGGCAGAAUACAUCGAGACGGACACUGGGAACAAAGUCAGCCGCAAGUCUGUGAUCUGCGGAAGCCAGAAUAUUGUGCUGGGAGGAAAGACGGUCAUUCAGAAAGAAUGCAUUAUCCGAGGCGACCUGCGGCGAACGGGGCCGGGACAUACUGUGGUGGUUGCGAUCGGGAGAUACUGCUUGCUCAGUCAGCGAUGUGUCAUAAGGCCCCCAUAUAAGACAUACAAAGGGGUACUGAAUUACUACCCGAUGAAGAUAGCUGACCAUGUGACCAUCGGAGAAGACUCGGUCAUAGAGGCGGCGCAAGUGGGGUCCUAUGUUGAAAUUGGCAAAAACUGCGUUAUUGGCCGGUUUGCGAUCAUAAAGGACUGCUCUAGGAUCUUGGAUGGAUCGGUUGUCGCCCCAAAUACAGUCAUACCGUCGUUUUCGGUAUAUGCUGGCAAUCCAGCACAGCUGGUGGAUGAGCUGCCUGAGUCGACGCAGGAGUUGUUGGAGAGCAGCACGAAGGAGUUUUACUAUGAGCGGUUCUUGCCGCAGCAUGUGACGAGUCGGUGA